AUGCCGGAAAUCGAUCCACUGGUCCUGUCGUACUCUCAUCUCAAGGACUCCCCAAGGGCGCAAGAUGCCUUGCACACUCUGCGGAAGGUUGCUUCAUUGGUAAAGCCAAUAAUGAGAGCUCGGGGCUGGAAAGUACGACAACUGACAGAGUUCUACCCCCAUGAACAAAAUCUACUGGGGCUCAACGUCAACCGUGGACAGAAGAUAUGUCUUCGACUUCGAUAUCCCGCUGACCGCAACCAAUUCCUUCCCAUUGAGCAGGUGGUUGAUACGAUGCUACACGAGUUGUCGCACAUCGUGCAUGGUCCGCACGAUGCCAAAUUCCAUGCUCUAUGGGACCAGCUUCGAGACGAACACGAGGCCCUCAUGAUGAAGGGAUAUACCGGCGAAGGCUUCUUGUCUGAAGGUCAUCGUUUAGGGGGUCGACCAACCAUUUCGAUACCAGAGGCACGUCGGCUCGCCAGGGUCGCUGCUGAGAAGCGUCGCACACUUUCCGCAGGAUCUGGUCAACGUCUAGGCGGAAGACCGGUCCAACCAGGGGAGGACAUUCGGCGGGUCAUUGCCAAUGUCGUGGAACGCCGCAAUCAGACUCUCCAAGGCUGCGCUAACAACACCCACAACGAAGACGAAAUUCGGGCUAUUGCCGAUACAGCCACCAAAAGUGGCUUUAGCACACAGGCUGAAGAGGAUGCAGCAAAUGAGGCCGCUAUUGCGCAAGCUUUGUGGGAGCUGGUACAGGAAGAUGAGAGGGUCAAGUACGGCGAGUCGUAUCAACCAGUGACUGCAAGAAACCCGGCUGGUAGCGCAAGACGAUGGGAAUCUCCCCAAGAGCCUCCUAAACAAGAAGCUGCAUGCGCCAAGAAAAUCCCACCACGGCCUCCGCCGCCCGUGCCGGAUACUCGUCCGGCGCUUCCUAUGCCCAGCCUUGACACCGGCCAUGUUGCUGAUUCUGUCCCCUCAUCCUGGACAUGUCAAGUCUGUACUUUGCAAAACCCAUUGGAUUAUCUGUGUUGCGAUGCAUGCGGCGUGGAGAGGGCUGAAGAGACUAGUAAGGAGCUGUCGCAACGAACGACGAAGCGCCAACGGACAACAACCGUGUAUUUGACCGGGAGCCCAGAAAGGGGACCAAAACCACCGACACGGCCAGAAAUGUCAAACUCAACGAAAGCCGCCACGCUCCAACCUGGUAGCCUAUUCGAUACAAACUUGGCGUCGAGGUCGAAAACUUGGACAUGUUCAUUUUGUGGGCGCGUGCGAGAUUGGAAUCUCUGGACUUGCGACCUUUGCGGUAAGGUCAAGGAAAGUUCGUGA